GAGUAGGUCGCGGAAGAAACCAGGAAAGAAAAUAAAAUAUUCCCGAAAACUAAAUGGAAAAGAAAACUUCUUUGACUGCCCCUAGAUCUGCAUGGAGGUGAUGGGGUGGUUAGUAUUUCAUUUGAGGGAACGUUAAGUGGGCUUUCUAGCUGAUUUUUGAGUAUCGGUUUCUGCACAUGCGCAUUGAGCACCUUCCCUGCUAACAUACUGGACAGCUCUCCAAAGAGAAUGUGCGCACGAGCCUGGGCACCAGCUUGCUUGUGUGUUUACCAGUGUUGCUUGGCGACCACGUUGCCAACUGCAUCUGCUACUAAGCCAGCACGGAGCUUCCCUACUGAGACAUUGUGGCAAGACUUGGCUCUGAGUUUCCUUCCAUAUUCAAACAUUUAGGAGCUGGCUUACUAUAAACCUUGGUUCUGGGUUUGGGAGAGGCCAUCUUGGCAUAGUCUCUUAUUUCGGGUUGGGGAUGCAGGAGAAGCUUAGCGGGAAAGAAGGGGCCUGUGAAGCAGACAACAUUUACCAUGGAGAUAUUCUUCCCCAAAAAGGAAAGGACGCCCCUGGGAUUCUGUGAUGGCCUGGAUAAGAUCUUCAUGGGCUUUGGGAACGAGGAUGAGAGAGGCUGUCAGCCGCCCAAAUACCACACCAGCUAUGCCCCUUAUUAUCCUAUCCACAAGGCUGCGAGCAUGGGCGACAUAGACACCGUGAAGAGCUUCGUCAAACGGGGAGUGUUUGUCCUGGAACAAAUAGAUUGGAAGUACAGAACUGCCCUGCAUUUUGCCUGUGUCUAUGGCCACCCAGAGGUGGUGGCUUUCCUGGUGGAGAACAGCUGUGAGAUUAGUCCAAAGGACAUUAAAGAUGCCACACCUCUAAUUAAGGCUGCACAAUGCAGACAGACAGAAUGCCUUGACAUUCUGCUGAAGUAUGGUGCUGAUCCAGAUAUUAUCGACUGUCGUGGCAACACCGCUCUGCACUACGCUGUCUACAACGGGGAUGUCAAAACAGCCGCAAAGCUGCUUGAAUACAGGGCCAGCAUUGAAGCAGUAAACGAGAACAAGAUCACACCACUUUUGCUUGCUCUGAAACAAAACAAGGAGAAGAUGGCAGAAUUCUUAAUUAACAAGGGAGCCAACACAAAAACAUGUGACUUUCUGGGAAGAAGCACCCUUAUGUAUGCUGUAAGGUGUGGGUCAGAACUUAUCAUCAAACUUCUUCUUCAAAGAGGUAUCGAUACCUUUAAGCAAGAUGCCUUUGGAUGGACAGCUAAACGUUAUGCUGUUGAAAGCAAAAGCAAAGUUAGGACACUACUUAUCGACUAUGAUGAAGAGGAACUGAGACAAACAUGUUUAGAUAUAAUGAAGAAAGACGCUUGCUCAAUGCCCUUCCAGCCUACCUCGGAAGUGAAACAUUCUCUUCAAAGUGAAGAAGUGGAAAAGACAGAGGCAAAACCAUCAAAGUCAGGAAACACUGAGAAGGAUGCACGCUCAAUGCCUACCACAGAAGUGGAGGAUUCUCCUCAAAGUGAAGCAAUGGAAAAGGCAGAGGCAAGACCGUCCAAGUUAGAACCAGGCUUACGAGUGUCCUCAGAGAAAAAGUCAAAAAAAUGUGAUCACAAAGAAAAUAACCGGCCAUUGAAAUUCUUCGAGAGGGUUUUUCGGGAUAGUCAUUCCUCUGGGACUCGAGACGAGGAAAGCAAAGACAUCACAAAAGGAAGAGUUCUCGCAUGGGUUGAAAAAGAUGAUCUCUCUAAGCCUAGAACUACAGAGAAAAAGUCUUCCACAGAUGAAGUAGAAAUAAUCACGUUAAAGUCUUUCAAAUCAGAUUUGUCUCUAGAGGUAGUCAUAGAAGUGUCAUCGGAAGAAGAACAGAAGGGAGAGGAUGAUGAUAAUGAUGAUGUUGGUAAUGGCAUCGCACAUCUGCAACACUCGGAAGAAGAAAUAAAGCAGACAUCAGAGAAAAGUAACCAAGGGACUAGUCCUUCCAAUAAGACAUCCAUCCAGAAAGAAGUUGAAGACCCAACUGAGGACUCUAAGGGAGUAACAACAGAGCAACCCUUAGGAAAAGAUGAGGAGCCCAAAGCACAGAAAAAUGAAGAUUCAAAUGAAGUCACUGAGGAAGAAGCAAGAAAGCAGUCAGUUGGAAAAAGUAGCCAAGGGAGCCUUUAUAAGAAGUCCACAUUACAGAAAUUUGAAGAUUCAAGUGAUGACUCUGAGAGUAUUUUUGAAUGUCUUGUCAAGAAGGGUAGUGAUCAUUUCCAUGGAGCUGCAGAUCAAUCAAGUGAUGAUCAAUCAGGUGAUGAAUACGUUAAAGCAAAAUCAGAUUUAGAUGUGACAUCAACAGAAAAUCAAAAAACCCACAGUGAUAGUACAACUAAUUUGCCAUUGCAUUUUCCACAGAAGGAGGAGACUGAUGAUUUAACUGGAAGUGCAUGUCUACAAGGACAUAAUACAGCAAUUGGACAAAUAAAAGCAGAACCGGUGGCUGAAGCAACAUCAGAAGAGGAAGAAAGUGAGGCUGGCAGAGACAGCACCCAGGCUUCUAGUGUUUCUGAGACUUAUGGACUAAAGAAGAUUUGGGGUUAUUUACAGAGGACACCAGACCAACGAACACAAACUAUGGCAACUGGAGAAAUGAAUGCAGAAAUGAAAGAAGUUACAUCAAGAGAUGAGCAAAGCAAACAUGAAAGCAGUACAAGCGAUCACUCGUGGACCACCUCAGAUCCUCUACCACAGAAAGUAGAUGUGAGUCACUUAGCUAGAAGCAGAGAUCAGAGAGGAGAAAAUACAGCCAGAGAAGAACUGAAAGGCAAUGAAGUAACAUCCAUAGAAAAGUACAGAAGGCUUGAUAGCAGUGAAAGUAUAGAAUCACUGCCUACGGCUGAGUCUCCUCUGCAGAGGCAAGAUGUGGGUCAUUUACCAGAGACUGACGAUCCAAGAAGAGAAACUACUGGAAAUGGUGAAAUGAAAGUAUUUUUAGACUUCUCAAAGGAAGACCCUUCUCAACUCAAGCCUACCAUUAAAAAGAAAAGUUCAUUUCUGAACAGAGAAGUGGCAAAGAGGCAUGAAAGGUCAUGGGAGUCAGCAGACCCAGACAAAGAAAUGAUAUCAAUAGAAGAGCAAAGAAGUCAUAUGAUUGGUGAAAGGGUUGAGUCACUGCAGUCUGCCACUGGUUGUACUGAGCAGAAGGAAGAUGUGGGCCAUUUAGCUGGGGCUGGAGAUCAAGGAAGAGAAAGUAUGACAAGAUAUACAAUGAGAGUAGCUCUAUGCAGAGAGGUGUCAAUCACAGAAGAACAAAGCAGACAAGAUAGCCAGGAAAGUGUUCAGUCGUCCGUUCUCUCUGAGCCUCAUCUACUGAAGGAGGAUGUUGUUCAUUUUGCUGGGAUUCCAGUUCAAGAAAAAGAAAACAUAGCAAGUAUAGAAAUGAAAGCAGUAUCAAGCAUAGAAGUGACAUCCACUGAAGAGCACAAAAUGGAUAACACCUCUGAAUGUUCAGAGUCAAUGCCUAUGUCUGAGUGUCUUCUACAGAAGAGAGAUGUGAGUCGUUUACCUGGGACUGCAGAUCAAAGAAGAAAAAACAUUACAAGUGGAGAGAUGAAAGGCUCUCCAAAGGACUAUAUGCCCCAAUUCAAGCCUAUCAUUCAAAAGGAAAGUUCGUUUGAAUACACAGCAGUAGUAAGCAUGCACGAAAGUACAAGCGAAUCAGAAGAACCAGACGAUGAAGUACCAUCAACAGAAGAACUAACAAGGCCUGAGGACCAUCAAAAUGUACAGUCAUGGACUACCUCUGAGACCUUUUCACAGGAGGACAAUGUGGUUCCUUUAGCUGGGACAACAGAUGAAGGACCAGAAGAUGUCACAAAUGCGGAAGUGCAAGCAGUUCCAGACAAAGGAAUGAUAUCAACAGAACAACAAAAACAUGACAGCCAUGGAAAUAGUCAUUCACUGACAACCCCGGAGACUUCUACAUAUAUGGAAGAUGUGGUUCAUUUUUCUGUGCUUGCAGACCAAAUACUAGAAAGUAUGGCAAAUGCAGAAACUAAAGACAAAGAAGUGACUUCAGAAGAAGAGCAAUCAAGGCAUCGCCACAGUGAAAGACCAUUGGAGAAGGAAGAUGUAUGUCAUUUAGCUGUGUCUAUAGAACAAAGAAGUGAAAAUGUGACAAAUGGUGAAAUGGAAGAUCUAUGCAAAGAGGUAAUAUUAACAGAAGAAGAACAAAGAAGAUAUGAUAUCCAUGGGGGUGUUCAGUCACUGAUUGUCUCUGAGCUUCUUCCACAGAAGAAUGUGAUUCAUUUACCUGUGACUACAGAUCAAAGAAUAGAAAAUAAGUCAGCCACAGAAAUGAAAGUAAAACCAGACAGAGGAGUCAUGACGUCAACAGAAGAGCAAAUAAGACAUGAGAGCAGAGGAAGACUGGGGUCGCUGGCUGUUUCUGAAUCUCUUCCUCAGAGGGACAAUGUGGGUCAUUUAGCUGCAAGUGAGCAGCAAAGAAAGGAAAAUGUGACAAAUGCUGAAAGAUACGUAUUUCAAAAGGAAUCCCCUACUCAGUUCAAGCCCGUUAUUGAGAUGGAAUAUUCACAUCUAAACCCAGCAAUAGAAAAGAUGACUGGAAGAACAUGUCAGCCAGCUACAAACACAGAAAUGGCAUCUACAGAAGAGCCUAGGAGGAACGCGAAGAAGGAAAAACUUUCGUCUUUGAUUGUCUCUGCAACUCCUUCAACAAAAGAGAACCAGGGACCCUUAGCUGAAACUGUGGAUCAAAGAGGAGAAGACUAUACUAGUCUAGAAAUGAAUGCAGAACCGAGGAAAGAAGGGACAUCAAGAAAGGAACAGAGAAAGCAUGAUGGCCGUGGAAAAGCUCAGUCACUGGUUGCCUCUGAGAAUAUUCCACAGAAGCAGGAUGUGAUUACUUUAACUGUGACUACAGAUCAAAGAAGACAAACUAAGCCAACCAUGGCAAUGAAAGGUCCGUGCAAAGAAGAGACAACAACAGAAGAUGAAAUAAAGUGUUAUAGCCAUGAAAGUGUUCAGUCCUCGAUCCUCUCUGAGCCUCUUGCACAAAAGAAGGAUGUUGUCUAUUCACCAAAGAUCUCAGAUCAGAGAGGAGAAAACGUGGCAAGUGGACAUAUGACAGAACCAAACUUAUAUGUGACAUCUGAAGAAGAACAGAACCGGGAUGACAGCAGCAAUAGCAGUCAGUCAUCGCUUAAACGGAAGAAGAAGAAGACAGGGUGCAGCCCCAAGAUGGACACAGUGGAAAAACCACCUCGUGGUAACAUUGCGGCAGCUGCUUUUGCUGUGGGGGGUGGUGCUGACGUAGCUGCUGCCAUUUCUGAUAAUGGUGGUAGAAAUGGAUUCGCCCUGCAAAAGCAUUGUGGGAAGUCUGGUAACCAUGAACUUCCUGUUACAACAAAAAAGCAUGUUGGAUCUCAUGCUGUUACUAAGGAUGUUCAGUCUUGUACCGACAUCAAAAGAAUGUGGCUGAAUAAGAAAACAUGUGAUGAAAAGAACAAGGCUGUAGAACACAUGGAUGCCAUCGAUGAUCACCAGUUAUCCGAAUCAGUCUCUGAGAAUGAUGAUUUGCCUGAUUAUGACAAUAUAUUGAUGAUAGUUGACCAACUUCAAAUGAACUAUAAAGAUUCUGGAAGACAGUUGGAAAUCCAGGAUGCAGUUCAUUCAUAUAAAAUGAUAAUAGGACGUAACCAAAGUCACUCAGAGUUACUUAUAGAAAUAAGUAAUAAAAUAAAAAACCAAGCUGGCGAAGUGCUAAAGAAGCCACAAGAAACAGAAAAGAGGAAAUCACAGCUCAGAUGUAAAAACGAAGAACAGCAACUAGAACUCAUUGAUGUGGGAUUGGCUGGAAAACAAGAAGCACAACAAAGAAAUCCUCAUUCUCUCUAUGAAAAAAUUAAGAAGCAAUUAAGUGAAAAAGAAGAGCAAUAUAAAAAAGAAAAACAACAACUUGAAACGCACCUUGGAGCACAAGAUAUGGAACUCAGGCAUCUCAGAAAUGAUAUAAAUAAGCUGCAAGAAGCACGGAAUCAAGAGGCCAAGGCUGAAGACAGUGAUGGGAUGAGGAAGGGACACCUGCAAAAGGUAGAACAAGAAAUUUUCAAGUUAAAAGAAACCAUCAAAAAGCAAGCAGAGACAUUAGAACAACUUGAGAAAAAACUACUAAGUAAAGAUAAAAGUUUGGUAAGAACUGACAGUCUGAUACAAGCAGGUCAAGAAUUUUUUACCAAUUUCAGAGAAAUUUAUACUACUUCAGUAAUGAACCAGCUGGAACUCAGAAUCCAAAGUCUGGAAAGCAAGAUCUCUGAAAUGAAGAUUCAAACAUGUGAUGAUGUAAUAGUGCUGGAAAACUAUAACAAACUUCAUCAAUCACAUAAACUGAGACAGACUGAAGCCCAGCUGAAGGAGGUCACUGCCCAGUUCCUCAUGCUGAUUCAACACAACAUGUCAUUACUAAACAUGCUAAGCUCCAUACUUGCCUCGGAGUGUUGCUGUGUCGCAAGUUUUCAGAGCAGUUUGGGAAGUCUCUUUACCCAAGAGAACAUGGUGACUCCCACUUCAGGCCCACAAUCUUCAAAGCACCACAUAACAGCCAACCUGGGUGUGUCUGCAGAUGGCAAUGAAGAUUUCAAUAAAGAGCUCAUCAAGUUAGUUCUGUGUCCACAGCCUGAGCUGGAUCACACAGAGAAGAAACGCAUGGAACUAGCUAAAGAGAAAACUCUAAGCAAAAAGUGUUUCAAAUGGACAAAAACGUCAGCUGAGCGUCAAAAUGGAGAGCAGAGUUACUCUGAUGUUUCGAACACCAGGCAAUUUGAAAAGGAUAGUCCAAUUGAUUUACCAAGACAUGAGAUAAGAGAAGAAAAUCAACAAACUUUUGAUGACAUAAUAGGAAAUCGUAAAGCUUUAUGCAUAAGGCCACAGAAAUCCACACUUACAAACCUGCAGUCAAAAUACCCAGAAGAAUUAACUCAUCACACCUCAUAUAAAACUGAACCAAAACAAUAUGAGGAUCCUUAUCUAGAAAUGGUAAAAAUGACAAAGUCAUUAUCUCGUAAACAACUAAAGUCUAAGGACAGGCGAGAUGAGGCCAUGAGGAAUAACUUUGAGAAAAUGAAGCUUUAUGGUUCUGCACUGAACAUGUACGCAACGAGCCCUGCUCCGGGGUUUGCGGCUGGCCAUCCCCGCAACAGUCGGAAACGCAGCGGAAGCUUCAUUCAAGAAGAACCAUUGGUCCCAGGCUCCAGGCCACUGCACUUUGUGGAGAGUCUGGGCAGCUAUCUGGGCAGGACAUGGCAGCAAUUGUACAAUGAUUACUACUAAAGAAGACAAAGAAGACGUAUUACUGAAACGUACAAAUGAAGUUUAAUCAGUUCUGAAACAAAUUACCAUAAAUAAUAAAUGGCUUCAGUUUCCUUUGUUCAGCUAAUACAUACAACAUUCAAUAUUUUUGUUGCAUACAUAAAAUGAAAGACGUGAAAAUAAUCCCCUAACUUCAGCAAGAUGACUAUUAAUACCACUGAGUCUGCAAUAGGAGCAUUUACAUGUGCCUUACGCAGUCGUAGAUGAAAACCAUAUAUAGUAAUUUAACAAUCAAUGCAAUUAUGCCUGUGGAUUAUAACAAGUUUGAUCACAAAUUAAUUAAUGAUGUUCGUUGAUGUAUUAUUAUUUGAAACUUAAGAGUUCCUGAAGUGUUUUCAGUAU